AUAUAUACAAGAUGCUCUAAACCCUUAGCCGAGCGUCAUUUUCGCCUCCAAGAGCUUGACGAACUCCGCGAAGAGAACGAAUCCUCCCCGUCGCGGCCAUGGCUGCUAUCCACAACCUAUUGACCUCCAUUUCCUGCCGAUCCUUCUCCCGGCGGAUGGCUACGUCCCUCCGUUCCUUCGCCUCCGCCGCUCUGGCCGAGGUAGACUACUGGACCGAGUGGGAGGAGGUGGAGGAGAAGCACGUUUAUAGCCAGCGCGCCUCGGCGGUGGAGGAAGUAUGGGGGGAGAGGAAGGCGAGAAGUGUGCAGUGGGUGUUCAUGGGCAGCCCCGACGUGGCGCAGAGGCAUGUGCUUUCCAUGCGCGUGGCGGAGCUCCUCGACGUCCCCUACAUCUCCAUGGGAUCUCUCGUACGCAAGGAGCUCAAUCCCAAUUCCUCCCUCUACAAGAAGAUUUCGAAUGAUGUGAACAGUGGGAGAUUGGUGCCUGAGGAAAUAAUAUUUGGCUUGUUGUCCAAAAGGCUGGAGGAGCGAUGCCAGAGAGGUGAAUCGGGAUUUAUUCUUGGCGGCAUACCACGAACAACAAUCCAAGCCGAAAUCCUUGAUCAAUUAGCAGAUAUUGAUUUGGUAGUGAACUUGAAAUGUGCGGAGAACUGCCUAGUGAAGAAACAUUUUGAAUAUCAUAUUUGUCCACAUUGUGGGAAGGUCUUUGACUCAAGCAACUCUGAAUCAACAUGCUCUAAUUCUUGCUUGACCACAUGCACAUGUCAUGCUCUGUUAAAACCCUCUCUUGCAGUAGAUAUGAAGGAUCAACGCAUGGAAAAAAUCCAUGUAUAUACUGAGCAGUUCAAGCUAUUAGAAGAAUACUACAAGAAGCAAAAGAAGCUUUUGGAAGUUCAAGUGACUGGGGGCGCACGAGAAACCUGGCAAGGGCUUUUAGCAGCAUUGCAUCUGCAACAUAUGGAUACUGCCAGUUCCAGCCUUCCUAGAAUCAAUUGAUGACGCCACAAGAUCUCAUAUAUAUUUUUUAAAAUUUUUCUCCUCUCCCCAAGAACGUCGUAUUAUCAGCAAAAUUUCGAGUUGUUUUUGGUGCGUAAGAAGUUUUCUAGAUGUGUGUGUUCUAAUGCGACCUCUAACGGGGUUUUUAGUCCUUCCAUGGAGAAUCAUUCCUUUCUUUUUUGUAAUAAGAGUAAUGCCACUGAGGCCGAAUGAUAUCGAGAAGUGUUUUGUUGUUUUUUGAUCUUUUUCUCUGAUAAA